AAGCUCCCGGUUCCCGGUUCUGCAAACACUGCUUAAAACCCAGACUUGUCCUCCCUAGGUCGUGACCUCGUACCCUGUAACCGCGCCACCGUCGCUGCCGCCGUCCAACACCGCGACGAAGCCACUGCUGUCGACGCCGUUCCACCAUCGAUAUCAUCUCAUCAUUGAACACUGUUCGGGCUCACUAUCAAUCGCGUUCUUCCAUACAAGUGACUGAAAGCAUAAAAAACGUUGUUGCAACUGUUCAACCCUUCUGAUGGGUCUCAAACACGACCCUUUGCAACAACACACCGUCCAGUCCAAUGAGGGCAGCAAGUUAUCCAAUCACUCUUUAGGUGAUUCUGGCAUUGACAAACAGUUCCUGACUGCACCUAUAAAAUCUGCUGUUGACAAGUUCCAGCUUAUUCCUGAGUUCCUCAAGAUUAGAGGAUUGGUGAAGCAACAUUUGGAUUCCUUUAACUAUUUUGUGAAUACCGGUAUCAAGAAGAUAGUUCGUGCUAAUGACAUUAUUAGGCCGACUAGGUACCCGCAUAUUUAUCUAAGAUUUUUGAAUGUCAGAAUUGGUGACCCAUGUGUGACAAUUGAUGGUAGUCCUGAAGACAUUACCCCGCAAACAUGCCGCUUAUCUGACCUAACGUAUGCUGCUCCAAUCAUUGUUGAUAUUGAGUACACUCAAGGAAGUCAUGAUAACCCAAGAACAGAAACAAAGAAAAAUGUUGUUAUUGGAAGAAUGCCUGUUAUGUUGAGGAGUUGUCGUUGUGUCUUGUAUGAGAAAGAUGAAGCUGAGCUUGCAAAACUUGGUGAGUGCCCUCUUGAUCCCGGAGGAUAUUUUGUGAUCAAAGGAAAUGAGAAGGUGAUUUUGAUACAAGAGCAACUUUCAAAGAACAGAAUAAUUAUAGUUAUGGACAAGAAUAGAAACAUUACUGCAUCUGUUACUAGCAGCACGGAGACUAAAAAAACAAAAACUGAUAUUGUGAUGGAAAAGGAGAAGAUGUGGUUAAAACUGAAUAGAUUUGCCAAGCAGGUUCCUCUUAUGGUUGUAAUGAAAGCUAUGGGGAUGGAGAGUGAUCAAGAAGUUGUACAAAUGGUCGGAAGAGAUCCUCGAUAUAGUUUGCUACUUUUGCCAUCUUUUGAGGAAUGUGCACAAAAUGGUGUGUAUACACAAGAGCAAGCAUUGGCGCAUCUUGAUUCUAAGGUAAAACGUUCCAUGUUUUCAAACAUAUCAUCUGAAAAGGAAGGAAGAGGAUCUCCAGCCCUAAAAGUCCUAGAGGAGGAAUUUCUUUCAAAUAUACCAGUGCAUCAAGGUAAUUUUCGGCUAAAAUGUAUAUAUGCUGCUGUUAUGAUGAGACGCAUAAUGGAUGCAAUUUUAAAUAAGGAUGCAAUGGAUGAUAAGGAUUAUGUGGGGAACAAACGGUUGGAGUUAUCUGGCCAGUUAAUAUCUCUUCUUUUUGAGGAUCGUUUUAAGACAAUGGGAGAACAAGUUCGGAAUAGUUCAGACAAAUUGUUAGAUAAGCCAGACAAGGCUAAUAGAUUUGACAUUUCUUCUGUGCUUGCUCGUCAUCAAGAUUUAAUCACUCAUGGUUUGGAGAGUACUCUCUCCACGGGAAAUUUUGAAAUUAGAAGGUUCAGGAUGGAAAGGAAAGGAAUGACACAGGUGCUACAAAGAUUAUCAUUUAUAGGUUUUUUGGGCCAAAUGACUAGAGUCUCUCCACAGUUUGAGAAGUCCCGGAAAGUGAGUGGUCCUAGAGCUUUGCAGCCUAGCCAGUGGGGCAUGCUUUGUCCUUGUGAUACUCCUGAAGGUGAAGCUUGUGGACUAGUAAAGAACCUGGCUUUGAUGACUCAUGUCACUACUGAUGAAGAGGAGGCCCCCUUAAUUUCUCUGUGCUAUUAUUUGGGUGUUGAAGACAUGGAAUAUCUCUCUGGAGAAGAGCUUCAUACACCAGAUUCCUUUCUUGUCAUUUUCAAUGGUUUGAUCCUUGGCAAGCACAGGAGGCCACGGGGUUUUGUCACUGCAAUGAGAAAGUUGCGGCGAGCUGGUAAAAUUGGCGAGUUUGUGAGUGUCUAUGUCAAUGAAAAGCAGGGUUGUGUCUACCUAGCUUCUGAUGGUGGUAGAGUUUGCCGUCCCCUUGUCAUUGCUGACAAUGGAAUUUCAAGAAUCAAAGAGUAUCAUAUGAAAGAGUUAAUGGAUGGAGUGCGCACAUUUGACGAUUUUUUACGAGAUGGCUUGAUUGAGUAUCUUGAUGUCAAUGAGGAAAACAAUGCUCUGAUUGCCUUAUAUGAAGGAGAUGCCACAUCAGAAACUACACAUAUUGAGAUUGAGCCUUUUACCAUCUUAGGAGUUAUUGCGGGGCUAAUUCCAUAUCCUCAUCAUAAUCAGUCACCAAGAAACACUUAUCAGUGUGCUAUGGGGAAGCAAGCUAUGGGAAAUAUAGCAUAUAACCAGCUAAACCGGAUGGACUCAAUCCUUUACCUACUGGUUUAUCCUCAACGGCCUUUGCUGACAACAAAAACAAUUGAGCUGGUUGGAUAUGAUAAGUUGGGAGCGGGUCAAAACGCCACAGUAGCUGUGAUGAGCUAUAGUGGUUAUGAUAUAGAGGAUGCCAUUGUCAUGAAUAAGUCGUCUCUUGAUCGAGGUUUCGGCCGAUGUAUAGUUAUGAAGAAGUAUAAAGUAAUCAAACAAAAGUAUCCAAAUGGCACAUCAGAUCGAAUACUUAGGCCCACUGGAACUGAAGAUGAUGCACAUCUUAUGCAGAUACUUGAUGAUGAUGGGCUUGCUGCUCCUGGGGAAAUUAUCAGGCCAAAUGACAUUUAUGUCAAUAAGCAAACACCAAAGGACACGGGUAUUUCAAGUACAGGAUCUGCAGCUAACUUGCGUGAUAUUGCAUAUCGUCCAGCUAGACAAACAUUCAAAGGUCAUGGAGGUGAAGUAGUUGAUAGGGUGGUUCUUUCCUCUGAUAAGGAUAACAAUAUGUGUAUCAAAUUUCUUAUCCGUCACACUCGUAGACCUGAGCUUGGUGAUAAAUUUAGUAGUAGACAUGGUCAGAAAGGUGUUUGUGGAACAAUUGUCCAACAGGAAGACUUUCCAUUUUCUGAGAAAGGCAUUUGUCCAGAUCUGAUUAUGAACCCUCAUGGGUUUCCAAGUCGAAUGACAGUGGGAAAGAUGAUAGAGCUUCUUGGAGGGAAAGCAGGGGUUUCAUGUGGUAGGUUUCACUAUGGCAGUGCUUUUGGCGAAAGAAGUGGUCAUGCUGACAAGGUUGAAACUAUAAGUGAAACUCUUGUGAACCAUGGCUUCAACUACGGUGGAAAAGAUUUCAUUUAUUCAGGUAUCACUGGCUGCCCAUUGCAAGCAUAUAUUUUUAUGGGGCCAAUAUACUACCAGAAAUUAAAACAUAUGGUGCUUGAUAAGAUGCAUGCCCGUGGUAAUGGCCCUCGUAACUCGCUACAUAGACAGCCUACAGAAGGGAAAGCUAGAAAUGGAGGUCUACGAAUUGGAGAAAUGGAACGCGAUUGCUUAAUUGCGUACGGUGCUAGUAUGUUGAUUUUUGAGCGACUCAUGUUAUCUAGUGAUCCUUUUGAAGUUCAGGUCUGUAGAUCGUGUGGGUUGUUAGGAUAUUACAACUAUAAGUUGAAAAUUGGUGUUUGUCCAUCAUGUAAGAAUGGAGACCAGAUUUCUAACAUGAAGCUACCAUAUGCAUGCAAACUCUUGAUUCAGGAACUCCAAUCAAUGAACAUUGUUCCCCGCUUAAAACUGGCAGAUCCCUGAGAUUAAGCAACGAAUUAAACUUAGUUAUUCAUGUUCUUAUGGAGUGAAUACAAGCCAGAACAUUGGCAUUUCUGAAAGUUUUUUUUAGUUGUUAGUUUUUCUUGCACAUUGUAGAUAAGGAAAAACUUUUCUUGACUUAUUUAGUUCAUUUAAUAUUAAAAAUUGAAUUUCAAGAGGCAACACAUCCACGAUUAAAAAAAGUAUCAUGGAAGUAUUCAGUAUUCUUGCUUCA